AUGGCGGCAGUGCUGCUGGUGCGGGGGCUGGCGCGCGGCUGGGCAGCGCGGGGCGCUCUCAGCCAGGGCCAGCGAUACACGGCGGCGGCCGGCGGGCGAGACGGGGAGGUCGACAAGGCACGGCGGGCAGCGGCAGAGGAGGCAGGCGGGCAGCCCACCAUCUUCAGCAAGAUCAUCGACCGCAGCGUGCCUGCCACCAUCCUCUAUGAAGAUGACAAGUGUCUGGUCUUCCGCGAUGUGGCCCCCCAAGCUCCCAUCCACUUCCUGGUGAUCCCCAGGCGCCCCAUCCCCAGGAUCAGCUGCGUGGGUGCUCAGGACACCGAGCUCCUGGGGCACUUGCUGGUGGUGGCGGCACGUACUGCGCAGGCAGAGGGGCUGGCUGACGGCUACCGCCUCGUGAUCAAUGACGGGAAGGAUGGUGCCCAGUCUGUCUACCACCUGCACCUCCACGUGCUGGGGGGGCGGCAGAUGGGCUGGCCACCAGGCUGACCCCCUUACACACUAUGGACUGCCAGCCAA